UUUCGCAAAAAAAACAUUCCUAAAAUAUUGAAAUUACGAUUAUACACUUUUUAAUCGUUAAUAGAAUCGAUCUUUAUUGGAUGGAAAUUAAGAUCUUUAAAUGGAGGUCACAUGAGGUUAUUUUGGUCGGAAUGUUUUUUACUAUAUCUGGCUAUAUUUUGUCUUCGUUUACUUCUUUAAGAAAAUUAAUGCGAUGGAAAAAAACUAAGUUCGUCAGUGUUAAAAGUUGUUCUCAUAAAGGCAAAAAAGGAAACAAGCAGGAAAAGGGGGAUUAUUUAUUUGAGGUUAAAAUGAUGUAUUUCAUGUAUAGGAAAAAGAAAUUAUAGCCAAAAUGCUAAAAAACAUACUUCGAGAAGAAAACGAUGAAUUGUUGAAGUCGGAAAUAAAUGGAUUUAAAGAAGAGUUAGAGUCAGCACUUGCUGCAAUAUCAACGCUGAAAAAGUUUGAUUCAGACGCAUCAAUGCGUUCUUCAGUGAAUCAGAUCCCUGCCAAUUUUGGUGCAAACAUUCUUGGUAAAGUAGGUGAUCGAAUACGUAAACGUGCUGGUGAUGACACUAAAAGUGGAGGGAAAGGUGCAUACGGUUUAGCAGUUGCUUUUGCUCAAUUGGCAACAUACCGCGAUAUUGGAUUGACAAAAAUGAUGACAUUACUACUGCAAACAGGAAAAACUGGAAAAGAUCUAGCUGAACAAUAUCAAAAUGUCUUGGAUCAUAACCGAGACACUGUUUAUCAGAGACAUCUAGCGUUUUUUCAUACACCAGCCCUAGCAAUGGCACAAACCAUGGUGUACUAUUAUCCACCAGGACAUGACAAGCAAAGCAACUAUCUAUACUCUUUCAUAAAAGCAAACGGAAUAGACGAACCAAGCACAAUUCCCACAGGUCACUAUGUCAUUAAAUCCAAAUAUUGGCCGGCGUAUUAUCUUCGGCGAAGUUUUUCGUCUGGAUAUAAAACUGAAAUAUCGUAUAGCCCUAUGCCGUUCAAUAAAAAACAAGGAAGAGUUUUGUAUUCCGUGAGUUAUAAUGCAGACACUCCUACAACAGAAGACAGGAUUCGUGUUACUAAAAAAUCAAACGGUUAUUACAGCUUUAAGUUGGACGAUCCGCGAUACACCACGCAUAGUGAUUAUAGGUAUGUAUAUUACAACAGUAAAGACAAAGAUGUUUCGUAUGUCAACAUUGUCACCCGUCCUCCUUCAAAUUAUGGUGAGUUUAUCAUCAUCAAAUACAUGGAGCCGAAAGGCACAGUCAUCACUAUAUCAGAGAAGGAUUCAGUGUCUAAAUUCUGGAAUGGUUUAUCAAACAGGUGGGGUGUUUAUCCAACAGAAUUAGAUGAAUCGAAUAAGAAAUCAAUACCGUUUAUACUGCUGAAAUGUGAAACGACCGCAGGAUCAGAAUGUCCAGAUUGGAAGAGAUAAGCACAGAAGUAUAUUUUUUGCAACUGAAAGGUUGGCACAAUAAGUAUAUUCGUUCUGUAAAAACAAAAUUUACAAAUUUGUAAAAAUCUGAUUAUUGUUGCAAUGAAUUUGAACGGCAUAUCAGUAUUGUAUUUGAAUCGAAUGUUGUUAAUCUAAACCUGGAAA